AUGAAUCCGAAUCAAUAUCCACAAGGACAGCAUCCACCUCCGCAAUAUUAUCAACAAUCACAGCAACCACAAGGAUAUAAUCAUGGUUAUCCGGUUGGAAGAUAUCCACCAGUUGCAUAUCCACAAGGAGAUCAGCCACCACAACAAAUGCCAGGUUAUCCAGGAAUGCCUGGACCAGGACCAACUGGAAGUGGGCCAGCAGGAGGAGGAUAUCCACAAAUUCAUAGUUAGUUUUGGGAAAAAAAUUUAGAUUUGGUAGUAGAUGGAGAAAAGGGAAAAAGGGAGGGGUUUAGGAAGGGUUCCUCUUGAAAAUAUUUUCUAAAGUCUAUCAUUUUUAUCAGUUUAUAAUAUUCCAAAAUCAGAAAAGUUCAUGAUUGCACUAUUUUUUUCGCCAAAAAGUUACCUUGAAAAUUUUAAAUCCCUAUAUUUUUUCCCAAAUUUCCUCGACUUUAUAAUUUGAACAUCAUUAAAAAUACAGUAAUCCAAAUACAUCAAAUUAGCCUUGUCAAUUUCUUAAUGAAACAUCCAAAGUUCUUCUUACCGUAAUCCUAGAACAAUGAAGCCAAUUUAUGAUUUGUCUGAAACAAAAUAAAUAAGUAUGUUAAUUAAAAAAUGAUGAGAUCAAAGUAUUGAAAAUGUUUUUACAGUCAAGCAAGAACCUCAUUGGGGAGUUGAAGGUGGCCAGCAACAAUCACAGCAACAAAUGCAUCAAGCAGCUCAACAAAGACAUUAUUUGCAACAGCAGCAACAAAUGCAAUAUCAUCAACAGAUUGCAUCAAAUGAGGCUUAUAUUCAGCAACAACAUCAAAUUCAACAGCAACAGCAAAUGCAGCAACAAAUGGCUCAGCAACAACAUCAGCAAAUGCAUCAGCAACCAGCACAGCAACAAUCACAACCACAACAACCAGUUCAGCAACAAUCACUUGAUCCAUCUGAUCUUCAACAGCAAAUGAAAUAUGGACAUUUUCCACAUUCUGUUUCUUCAACUCAUUCAUUUUCAUCAUUAAAAGUUGCGAAUCAACAAGAUAAUCGAGAUGCUUCAAGCAGUUCAGCUGCAAUUGUUCCACAACCUAAAAUAUUCUCUGUAAAUCUUGCUGAAGAAAAUUUAUCGAUUGGUGAAUUGUGUUUAUUAGGAAGGGAAAUUGUUGCUGAUAUCACUUAUCGAACAUCACAUCUCACGUCGAUUUUGAAGAAAGUUAUGGAAAGAAAACCAUUGGUGACUGGAGAAAAUCCGCAAUUUUUGGCUGAACAAUGCAAAGAACAUUUGGAGAAAUUGGUUGAGAUUCGAUUGAUGAUUGAAAAGAAUCGGCAAAAAGAUUGGAAACGAAUGAGUGGAGAGGAAUAUAUUGCAAUGGUUAUGGAUGAUAGUGAAAAAGAUGAGACAAAUGAAUAUAAGAUUACGGAUGAUUUGAAAGAAAGUUAGUGUUUUUUUUUUUUUGUUGGAAUUUGGAAGUAGGAAAGGGGGAUUUCAUUCAGAAAGAGAAUACUGGGCCAUUUUUAUAUCAUAAAUUAUUUUCACAGACUCCGUUUUGAUAUCACGAGUUUUUAUUUUAAAUUCAGCUUUUUUCCGUUUUUCAAAAAAAAUGUUUUUAAUUUUGUGUUUAUAAAAUUCGGUUUCAAAAAUUUCGUGGAAAUUCUUUUUCAAAAUGAUAUUCUGAAUUGGAUUUUCUCUAAAAAUGAUAUCCAAUUUUUCUACCUUAAUAGACAUUUUAAGAAUGUCCUUAACAAAUACUUUCACCUAAAUCAUCUAUCAAUUUUCCAGGGAUACGAAUCAAAGAUCGAGAAAAUGCACCCCAAGAUGGAAUGAUUUGGUAUGAAGGAAGAUGGAUUCCUGAAUCACUUUGGAAAAAAUAUCAGACUUUUGAAGAAAACAAGUAUGUUAUUCAUUUCCUCUAAUUCUUAAUAUAAAUUUUUUCUUCUCGCAGAGCAAAAAUCAUGGAAUUAUCAAACGAACUCAAAUCAUUAGGAUGGCAAAUUGAUGUAUCGAAUCCGGCACAUUUGAAGAGACCCGAGAAAACAAAAUGGACCAAGAAAGAUGAUUAG